AUGUCCGCCCCGCUCCUCGACCCCUCCAUCUUCGCCUACCUCGAGUCGCGCAUCGAGGAGGAGACGGCCGUCCGCGACCAGCUCACCCAGCUCGUGCAGCGGCUCGAAAAGGCCGUCGCCGCCGCGCAGGGCCUUCUCUCGCGCGUGCACUCGACGCCGCGCGCCAAGUUCCCCGAGCUCGUCGCCCAGGUCGAGCCCGCCGUGAGGGAAGAGGUCGCCAUCGUCAAGGAGCUCGAGGCCGUCGCCUCCAAGCACCCCUACUACAAGUACAACUCCAAGUGGUCGCGCGCCGUGCAGGGCGCCAUCGGCACGACCGUCUACUGCGCCUGGCUAGGCGGCUUCCCCGACGCCGACGCCGCCGCCGCCGCUCAGCAGCCCAGCGGCGAGCGCGAGCUCGGCCGCCUCCUCACGCUCGAGCAAGUCGGCGCCAUCUUCCAGGUCCCCACGAACCUCAAGGACCGCGACGCCUUCCACUUCACCAUCGAGGAGUACCUCCUCUCCCUGACCGACUUCACGCAGGACCUCUCGCGCCUCGCCACCAACGCCGUCACGCACGGCGACUUUGCCCUGCCGCUGACCAUUGCGGCCUUUGUCAAGGACCUGUUUGCCGGCUUCCAGCUGCUCAACCUCAAGAAUGACAUUUUGCGGAAGCGCGGCGACGCGGUCAAGUACGACGUCAAGAGAGUCGAGGAUGUCGUGUAUGAUUUGAGCCUGCGGGGGCUCGUGGCGCGACCCGGGGCCGACACGGAGAUGAAGACAGAGUAA